AUGCCAAGCUCAAAGUCUUCCGAGUUUGAGCCUCACACAAGUGAUCAAACUUUGUUUCAACGUGACCUUUCCCAAAAACAAAAUAAUAUUUCAAGUAAAAUAAAAGAAACGAAUUCAAUUCCUGCUUCUAGUGAAACAAUGCUUGGUAAUUAUCAAAAACAAGAAUUAAUUGAGGAAGAUAAUCUCAAAGAAAUGGGUUAUAAAAAUACUCCUAAUGUAAAGUCUCAAGGCUUGAACACGAAAGACGCUUGGAACAUCACAUUACUUGUUAUUCUCUAUCUUCUCCAAGGAAUACCAAUUGGGUUAGCAUUUGGCUCAAUUCCUUUUCUCCUCAAAUCUAAAUUGACUUACGGAGAACUUGGUAUAUUUUCUCUGGCAUCUUAUCCAUAUUCUUUAAAGUUGUUAUGGUCUCCAAUAGUGGAUGCAACUUUCUCUAAAAAGAUUGGACGUAGGAAAAGUUGGAUCAUCCCAAUUCAAUUGUUUAUGGGAGUGGUAUUUUUUUGGUUAGGAAAUAACAUCGACGACAUGUUAACACGCAGAGCUCCUAAUGUGUACGUUCUUACGAUAAUUUUUUUCUCAUUAAUAUUUUUUUCAGCAACUCAAGAUGUGGCUGUAGACGGAUGGGCGCUCACUUUGCUAUCAAAAGAUAACCUUUCAUAUGCUUCAACAGCACAAACAAUUGGAAUAAAUACCGGCUAUUUUUUGUCAUUUACUGUUUUUUUAGCCUUUAAUUCGGAAGAUUUUAGCAAUAAAUAUUUUCGGAGUGAACCUUCCGAAUAUGGAAUUUUAUCUCUGAAAGAUUAUUUAAUUUUUUGGUCAUUUAUGUAUUUUGUUAUAACUGCUUAUUUAAUUUUUUGGCAAUCAGAAGAAAAUGUACAAUCGCACGAAGACGAGAUGGGUGUAAAGUCGACUUAUCAAACGAUAUGGAAUAUCUGCAAAAUGCCGCAUAUGCGUAAAUUUAUUGCAGUAUUGCUUGUAUCAAAAAUUGGAUUUAUCGCCAAUGAAGCAGUCACUGCUUUGAAACUACUUGAAAAAGGAUUCAGCAAAGAAGAUUUAGCAUUAUCAGUAAUGAUCGAUUUUCCUUUUCAAAUAAUAUUUGGUUAUUAUGCUGCAAAAUGGAGCAGUGGACCACAGCCCCUAAAGCCAUGGCUUUACGCUUUUUAUGGACGUUUACUUUUUGCUGUAGUUGGCAUGCUCGUCGUAAUAUCAUUUCCGGUCGAUGGUGUUGUUUCUACUAGUUAUUUUGUGCUAAUAAUUACUACUACUGUGUUGAGCUCAUUUGCCAGCACCGUACAGUUUGUCAGUAUCUCGGCUUUUUUUACAACCAUUGCAGAUCCAGUGAUCGGAGGAACAUAUAUGACGCUUUUGGCUACUUUUAGCAAUUUUGGUGGUACUUGGCCUCGAUUUUUCGUCCUGGAAGCUGUCGAUAAAUUUACCGACGCAACUUGUUCUGUUAAAAAUAAUCUUGGGGAAGUUAUCGAUUGUGCAUCAGAACAUGGUAAAAAUAUUUGCACUGAAUUAAAUGGACAAUGCAAUAUUAAUCAGGAUGGAUAUUAUGUUGUUUCGGUGGUGACUGUAGUAUUAGGUACUCUAUUAUUAUUCACCUUUAUACGCCCUCAGAUCAAGGUCCUUCAGCAAUUAUCUCCCUCGAAGUGGAGCCUGAAAAAUGUCAGUAGACAUAGUGAUUAG